UUUCUGCCUGGAGCGAGGCGGGCCAGCAGCUGGCGCGCGGUUGCCAUGGGCAGCCCCAGCCCCGGCCGGGGUGUGUGACAGCCCCACGCAGCCCCCUCGCCUGGCCGGGAGCGAGGGCUGAGGCGGCGGGAAGAAGUCUGACAGCCUGAACCUCAUUUGAGCCCAUGAAGAGGAAUGAUGACUCUAUGAGGAAACUUCCUUGCACUUACAUUUUCUUUUCGUGGUUCAUGAUUGUACCCACUCAACAAUGUGCUGUUCACUAAAAAGAAGAUUUACUCUGGGAAAGGGAUAUCCAGAACAUGCAUCCUGAGCAUCCUUUCAACAUCUUCUGUGUCCAUUGUUUUUAUUAGACUUACAUGUAGCUUGCUUAGCACAAACGAACUAUUAUACCUGCCUUGCUCAACCUGAGACUUUCUACAUCUGUUGGGGCUUUGGCUUUUUUAGCUGCUUAUUAUCAUGGCUUCAGUAUGGAAAAGACUGCAACGUGUUGGAAAACAUGCAUCCAAGUUCCAGUUUGUGGCCUCUUACCAGGAACUAAUGGUUGAGUGCACUAAGAAAUGGCAACCUGAUAAAUUGGUAGUGGUUUGGACAAGAAGAAGUCGAAGGAAAUCUUCUAAGGCGCAUAGCUGGCAGCCAGGAAUAAAAAAUCCAUAUCGUGGUGUUGUUGUGUGGCCUGUUCCUGAAAACAUUGAAAUCACUGUGACACUUUUCAAGGAUCCCCAUGCUGAGGAAUUUGAAGACAAAGAGUGGACAUUUGUCAUAGAAAACGAAUCUCCUUCUGGACGCCGGAAAGCUCUUGCUACCAGCAAUAUUAACAUGAAGCAAUAUGCAAGUCCAAUGCCUACACAGACUGAUGUCAAGUUAAAAUUCAAGCCUCUGUCUACGAAAGUGAUAUCUGCCACCCUUCAGUUCUCUUUAUCAUGUAUUUUCCUGAGGGAAGGGAAAGCAACGGAUGAAGACAUGCAAAGCCUGGCAAGUCUGAUGAGUAUGAAGCAAGCAGAUAUUGGAAAUUUAGAUGAUUUUGAAGAAGAUAAUGAAGAUGAUGAAGAAAACAGGGUGAACCAGGAAGAAAAGGCUGCAAAAAUUACAGAAAUUGUAAACCAGUUGAAUGCUCUGAGCAGCUUAGAUGAAGAUCAAGAUGACUGCGUAAAGCAAGCAAAUAUGCUUUCAGCUAAAUCAGCCAGUUCCUCUGAAGAGCUUAUAAACAAGCUUAAUUUUUUGGAUGAAGAGGAUCAAGACGUGGCCAAUUCGAGAUCAAAUCCAUUUGUAGAUCCUGAUACAACAGAGCUGAAUCCCUUUGGAGACCUUGACAUGGAAGAAACAGAUAUCAAUGUAGCUUCAUCUUCAAAACAAGAAGAAUCCUGCUAUGAUGAUGACGAUGAAUACAACCCUUUCAAGGAUGAGGAGGUUGCAGAGUAUGUGAAUCCUUUUGAUGAGGCAGACCCUGAUAUAGAAAUGCUAGCACCCGUCAAAGACUUUCCUCCUCAACCAGCAAAAAGAAAAAAUAUACGGCCUGUGGACAUGAGCAAAUACCUCUAUGCUGACACAUCAAAAACAGAUGAAGAGGAGUUAGAUGAAUCAAAUCCAUUUUAUGAACCAAAAUCAAGUUCUGUUUUGAAUAGUCAAGUUCCUCCGCUACAAGAAAUGGAAAGGAAGAGAAGAAGAAAAGCUCCUGAACCACCAAUUCUCUCACCAAAGACAGAAGUGGAAACAAGUGAGAACAAGUCAGCUAUUUGUGCACUGAAGGAGCUUUCCUCUUCUCCCAAGCCAAGCCCAAAACCAAGUCCUGUUUUGGGGAGGAAGACAAAUGCUAGUCAGUCACUGCUUGCUUGGUGCAAAGAAGUUACUAAAAACUAUAGGGGAGUGAAAAUCACCAAUUUCACUACAUCCUGGCGAAAUGGAUUAUCCUUUUGUGCAAUAUUACACCACUUUAGGCCUGACCUAAUCGACUACAAGUCUCUGAAUCCUCAAGAUAUUAAAGAGAACAACAAAAAGGCCUAUGAUGGAUUUGCCAGUUUAGGAAUAUCCCGGCUGCUAGAACCUUCUGACAUGGUUUUGUUAGCAAUUCCUGACAAACUGACUGUUAUGACCUAUCUUUAUCAAAUCCGGGCACAUUUCAGUGGGCAAGAGCUAAAUGUGGUUCAGAUCGAAGAGAACAGUAGCAAAAGCACAUACAAAGUGGGCAACUAUGAAACAGACCCAAACAGUUCUGUUGAUCAGGAAAAGUUUUAUGCAGAACUAAAUGACCUGAAACGGGAGCCAGAACUGCAGGAGCCUGAAGGGAGUUUGGCUGACACUGUUUUUCAGGGUGACUCUGUAUUUAUAAAUGAGAGUGGAACUGGCAAGUCAGAAAGUGAGUGUCAGACACCAGACCAGCAUCUAAGCCUAAAUGUGGCUUCCCCUUCCUCUCACAGGACUAAAAGUGACACAGAUCAACAAAAACAACAACAAAGCUUAGGAAGGACUUCUGGACUUGAGGAAACUGUGAAAAGCAGCACAGCACAAGCACAGCCCUUAUUGGGGAGGAGAAAACUACUAAAAGCAGACACGUUGGAUCUGAGUGAUUUGGCACAAGUUAGCGAUCCAAAAAGUGAUGCUUUCCCAGAAACUUUAUGUGAUGAGACUGACAAAAAAGAACAUCAAAAUUCUGACAUUACCAUUAAUUUCUCAGAACUAGAAAAACAUGAACAUCCAGAUGUCAGCGAAAGAAGGAAAUUGGGUUCUGAAUUACAUGUUGAAAAACCAGAAUUGGGAGAUAAACCUGGAUAUUCCCACAGUAGGGAUGCAGAGGUUGAUAAGAAAUGUAAUGCCUCUCAGAGGCAAAUGGAGACUGACUCUGAAUUUGAGACCAAAACAGCUAUAACUCCAACAGAUCUGACUGCAAAAACUGCACAGCAACGAAUGUUAUCAAGACAAGAAGAAUUAAAAGAACGGGCAAGAGUUCUGCUUGAACAAGCAAGAAGAGAUGCAGCCUUGAAGGCAGGAAAUAGGCAGCUCUCCAGUUCCACAAUCUCAGGCCGCUCUAAGCAACCAAAUGAUCAGCAAGAUGAAGAGCGGCGUCGGCAGCUGAGAGAGAGAGCUCGUCAGCUAAUAGCAGAAGCUCGAUCUGGAGUGAAGAUGUCAGAACUUCCUAGCUACAGUGAAAUGGCUGCAGAAAAGUUGAAAGAAAGGUCAAAGGCAUCUGGAGAUGAGGGUGGAAAUGAUAAUAUUGAGGUAGUUACUAAUGAGGAGAUUCCUGAAUGCACUGUUACUGCCGGUGAAGAUCAACAUACUAACCUAGAAAAUGACCUUGAUUCUGAUGCUGAACAGAGCAGCAAGUUGGUGGAUUGGAAGCUGAAGAAGCUCCUGGAAGCUCAGCCACAGGUGGCAAAUUCACUUUCCAGUGCUGCUCAGAAAGCAGUCAUUGAUAGCCCAGAGCAAGAGCUUAAGAAUGAGACAGAAGAACAUCGUGCUGAGCGAUUACAAAAAGCAACAGAAUGUUUUAGAAAUCCUGUUGUGUUCAGCAAGGACUCCACAGUCAGAAAAACUCAGCUUCAGUCAUUCAGUCAAUAUGUUGAAAACAGACCAGAGAUGAAAAGGCAGAGAUCAAUACAGGAAGAUACAAAGAGAGGAAAUGAGGAGAAGGCAGCGAUAACUGAAACUCAGAGGAAGCCAUCAGAAGAUGAAGUGCUUAAUAAAGGGUUCAAAGACACCAGUCAGUAUGUUGUAGGAGAAUUGGCAGCACUAGAGAAUGAGCAAAAGCAAAUUGACACCCGUGCCGCGCUGGUGGAGAAGCGCCUUCGCUAUCUCAUGGACACAGGGAGAAACACUGAGGAAGAAGAAGCUAUGAUGCAAGAAUGGUUCAUGUUGGUCAAUAAGAAGAAUGCCUUAAUAAGGAGGAUGAAUCAACUCUCCCUGCUGGAAAAGGAGCAUGACCUAGAGAGGCGGUACGAACUGUUGAACAGGGAGCUGAGAGCAAUGCUUGCCAUUGAAGACUGGCAAAAGACCGAAGCCCAGAAGAGGAGAGAGCAGCUUUUGCUCGAUGAGCUUGUUAUUCUUGUGAAUAAACGUGAUGCACUGGUCAGAGAUUUAGAUGCUCAAGAAAAACAGGCCGAAGAGGAAGAUGAGCAUUUGGAAAGGACCCUAGAGCAAAACAAAGGAAAGAUGGCCAAGAAAGAAGAGAAAUGUGUCCUUCAGUGACUAGCUUUCAUGGGGCAAGAUACUGUUAUGUUUUAUAGCUUAACCCUUCUUACAUUUUGGAAAUACUGACACAAGACUAAAAAGACAAAAUCUCAAAUAAUAAACUUCAGAAAAUGUUUAAACCUUCCAUUUGACUAGACCAGCUUUACCCCAAAUUGUUUUCUUAUUCCCUCACCCCACAUGUUCCGAUUCAAGCAAUAUUCCUUCAAAAUCACCUUUCUCCCUGAUUUACUUGCAGACUUAGACAAAAAUUUUACAUGUUUUUAAAUAAGUCUGCAUUCAAAUGUUGUGGCAACACCUGGGUUGUUUAAGAAGGGGAGAAACCCUGGCUUUUUAAUCUUUAGUUGAAAUAGCUUUCAAAUACAUUCUUUUAUGUAAUAAUACUGCAGAGGGAGAGAAGACAAAAAUAAUUUUGAAUGAUUUCAUCCAGUCCUGUUGUGUGUAAUACUUAAUAUGCUACCUAAAAUUGUUUAGAUAGAUUAUACUCAGACCAUUUAUUACGAUGCGCUAUAUUUACCAAUGUUUAUUUCAGCAGCAGUUUCACAUUUUUAUUUUAAUUAUAAAUUUAAGACUUUUUGAUGUGCUCAGAGAGAAGGUUUUUUAACCUAUAUCUUUCAAAAGCCUUGUGAUCUUAAUAAGUGAUUGUAAUGAUGAGACCGACUGAAGUGUGAUCAGUUUACAAAAAAAAUCAUCUUUAGAGGCAAUUCCAUUUUUAUUAAUUAUUUAUUUACCUCUUAGUUUAAGCUCCCUUCUCUUCAUUUUGUUCAACCUCUGCAUUCUGGCUCCACAAUGCUGUUAAUAUUUAUUGUGUAUCCAUCGGGGGCCUGUCUUGCCAUUAUCUGCAAAAUCCCCUUGCAAGUUAAUAUAUCCUUCACUAGCAUCCCACUCAUUUUUGUGGAAACUGUUACAUUUAUUUAUUACAAUACUGAGUUAUGUAUAAAUUUUCAAUAAAGCUGGAUCUUUCUUACCAUAA